AUGAGCAGUCAGUUCGAAGACGAGCUUCAUGAGAGGAGCGAAUGUAAGAGCAAGUCUCCCACCGUGCUCUCCUCUUACUGUAUUGAGAGUAUACUGGGCAGGAGGAGUCCGUGUAAAGUCAGACUGCUGGGCACGCAAAGUUUACCAGUGCGAGCUGACCACGAACAGCCUUCAGAAGUAUCUACUAAAGAAAACUCCUUCGACUCGGACAUGCACCUGCCGCCCAAACUGCGCCGUCUCUACGGACCCGGGGCAAAAUUUUUGGACACCAGUAGAGCUUAUCAUGAGCAGGAAAAGUUAGAGAUGGGCUGUGAGAGUCUAAAGAUCAGCCAGGCUCCACAGGUCAGCAUCAGCCGGAGCAAAUCGUACCGGGAGAACGCGAGCCGCAGUCCGGAGUGCCAGGCCCAGGAGCUAGCCGAGCUCAACGCGCUGAAAUUCGAAGAGGAAUCGGUAAAAGAGGAGGAGGAAGAGGAAGCAUGUGGGGAACAUGGUCUGUCCCCUAAAGACGAGCAGAGUCCGCGCAAUGACGGCGACGUGAAGGACGGGGAGGACAGCGUGUGUCUGUCGGCGGGCAGCGACUCGGAGGAGGGCAUGAUGAAGCGCAAACAGCGCAGAUACAGGACCACGUUCACCAGCUACCAGCUAGAAGAACUGGAGAGGGCCUUCCAGAAAACACACUACCCCGACGUGUUUACCAGAGAGGAGCUCGCCAUGCGGCUGGACCUGACCGAGGCGCGCGUCCAGGUGUGGUUCCAGAACCGCAGAGCGAAGUGGAGAAAACGGGAAAAGGCAGGAAUUCAGACCCACCCGCCGGGUCUGCCCUUCCCCGGACCCCUCGCCGCAGCUCACCCCUUGAGUCACUACCUAGAAGGAGCACCGUUUGCUCCUCACCCUCAUCCGGCCCUGGAGUCGGCUUGGACCGCUGCUGCUGCGGCCGCGGCGUUCCCCGGUCUGGCGCCGCCGCACAACAGCUCAGCCCUGCCACCUGCCACGCCUCUCGGGUUAAGCACCUUCCUGGGCACCGCCAUGUUCCGCCAUCCAGCCUUCAUCGGGCCCACUUUUGGAAGACUUUUCUCCAGUAUGGGCCCCCUGACCAGCGCUUCCACGGCCGCUGCUCUCCUGCGCCAAACAACACCCCCAGCAGAAGGUCCGGUGCAGCCGUCCGCAGGCAUGCCGGACCCUUCCUCCUCCUCAUCGCCCGCCACAUCCUCCAUGGCUGCUGACCGCCGGGCAUCCAGCAUCGCUGCUCUCCGUCUUAAAGCUAAAGAACACUCUGCACAGAUCACCCAGCUGAACAUCCUGCCCACCAGUGCCACGGGAAAGGAGGUCUGCUGAAGCAUUUUUUUCCCCACUAUAACCACCUAACUGAAAAAAGCAUGACCAAAAUCAAAGGCAAACUGUGCAAGCACUGGAGUCAUGAUGCACUGUUACAGCACCUACCUACUGGACAUUUCUUGGAACUGUCUGCCAUGUAGCCAUGCCACCGAACGGCAUGCCAGCAAGAUCGCGCUUAGUAAAACCCAGUCCACUGUAACUUUUGACAGCCGUCACGAAUCCAAGAAUCGCUCCUCUGUGAGACACACAAAGAACAGAGGAGGGGUCAAUAUGCCAAAGCGAACUGCUAAAACCUGCCAAAACUCAACACCACUGAAUUCAACCACUAAGCAUUGUGAGAACUCAUUCUAGGUGUUUCUUCUACUUUUAUGUUUAUGAUCUUUAGGGCGAAAUUAACAUUGACUUUGUUUCUCCCACUAAAAAUGUGGAGUUCAGAUUUAAACUAUUGCUUGUUGUUUGUAAAUACAUAGAGCACUGUAAAGAUUUGUUGGAAACGACACUUAAAAAAGAGCUGUGUACAUUUAAAAAAAAAAAAAAGAUAAACCUCGAUGUAGUAUUGUAUGAAUGUUUCCAAGUAGAGCUCAACUUAUGUUAAUUUUAUGAAAUCUUAGGUUUGUAGAAUAUUAUUUAUGCCAUGGACAACACGAUCCAUGACAGGACGAUGCUGUUCAAUAAGAGACUCUUGGCUUUUUGGCGUGGCCAGAUACAAUACGAAUAAAUGAAUCAGAAAAGUGGAACCAUGUGAAUUGUUUUAUAAAAAUAAAG